UGUACUCAUCUCUUUCUCUCAUUUCUUCUACAUACUUAAAUAAAUUAUUACGUCUCCAUUUUCUUACCUGAUAAAAAAGAUUUAAACAGAGAUUCCUCAGAAUAUUUUCUAGUUUUAUUCUUAUUCCUCUUCAUCUCCUCCUCCUCCCAACCUGCAUUUUCAUUUUCAUUAUUAUGUGUAAUACAGACUCAGAAGAACAAGUUGAAGAAGAAAAAACAAUGAACAAAGAAAAGGUCUGGCCUUUGGAUGAUUCUGAUGAUGGGUUUAUGAAUACUCACUUGGAAAGUCUUCAAAUUUCUGCUCCUGGGAUUCAAUCACUUACCAACCUUUCAUCUCCUCUAGAGACUAUCUCUGAGAACAAGGUGGUAAUCGACAGUAAACAGAAUGAAUUACCAAACUUUAUACCUGUUAUUCGAUCCGGUGAGUGUUCUGAUAUCGGAGGACGACAAUAUAUGGAAGAUACUUCCGUCUGCAUAAGUGAUUUGGCUCAGAAAUUUGGGUGCAAUUCUUUUGAUGGGGAGGAACGAAUCUCUUUCUUUGGUGUAUUUGAUGGCCAUGGAGGAAAAGAUGCCGCGCACUUUGUUCGGGACAACUUACCACGCCUCAUUGUAGAGGAUUCAUAUUUCCCUUUGGAACUUGAGAAAGUAGUCACAAGAUCAUUCAAUGAAACAGAUGCGAGGUUUGCAAGAAAUUGCAUUCUUCAGUCAGCCUUGUCUUCGGGUACAACUGCACUCACCGCAAUGAUAUUCGGAAGGUCUUUACUCGUAGCAAAUGUUGGAGACUGCAGGGCAGUUUUAUCAAGACUAGGGGUAGCAGUGGAAAUGUCUAAAGAUCACAGACCAUGUUGUGUGAAGGAGCAGAAGCGUAUCGAAUCCCUUGGAGGGUACAUUGAUGAUGGAUAUCUGAAUGGUCAAUUGGGUAUAACUCGAGCGCUUGGUGAUUGGCACAUAAAAGGUUUGAAAUCGAAAGAAACUAACGGAGAAGAACAAAUCGGACCUUUAAGUGCAGAACCUGAGCUUAAACUGAUAACAUUAACAAAAGACGAUGAGUUUUUAGUCAUAGCAAGCGAUGGAUUUUGGGAUGUAUUUAGAAGCGAAAAUGCAAUACAGUUUGCGAGGAGAAGACUUCAAGAGCACAAUGAUGUAAAGCUGUGUUGCAAAGAAAUGGUGGAAGAAGCAAUCAAGCGAGGCGCAAUGGACGGUUUAACUAUGGAUAAUUUGACUGUUCUAAUCGUUUGUUUUCAUUCGGAACCACCUGUUGAUGUUGCAGUGCACAAUAGUAGAUCUGCAAUUAAAAGAAGUAUUUCUGCAGAAGGAUUACAAAGUCUUAGAGGUCUAUUAGAAAGUUAAAGACUCACAAAUCUUAUAGUUUAAAUCAUGAUUUAUUUCUUGGGUAUUUCACCUGAGUUCCAACUGUAAAUAUACAUUUAUGAAAGUAAUAAAGAUUUACCAUCUCUGUUUAUUUGGACAA